CUAGUUUAAGCCAAAGACCCUGGGCUCGGACAGAGUCGACCAAGAGCGGAACAGUUCAUUAAUGGGUUGAUUCCUUUUUAUUGCUUUGUUAUUAAAUUCAUGACGGGUUAAGCUUUCCCAAAAGCAAUCUUCUCUCUUCCCUAGACACUGACUCGCCUUGUCUUUCCCCUUCUACAGCUCAGUGCUUUUUAUGUCAGCCUUCUUCCACUCAUCUGUUCUCUCAUUCUGCAAUGAAGUCCGUCUUAUUCUCACUUGGGUUACUUGUCAGCCUGCGCUUCUGCGCCAGCAGCCAGACUCCAGCACUACAAUGGGACCCUGACACAAUUGCCUCCUGUGUUGAGUGGUACGACAAUGAUGAAGGGCUUACAUGCGAGGAAGCCAGAAACUACUGGGGUAUCACGCCUGAGCAAUUCACCCAAUGGAACCCGUCAGUCAGUCUCGACUGCGAGCCGUGGGAAUACCAAUCCUACUGCAUCGUGACCCAGGAGAGACUCAGCAAUUCAACCAAGACAACCACAACAUCCACGCCAGCAAGCACUCCUACCACCACCCAAACCACCCUGGGACCUUUUCCGACUGCGUGGACUUCUUUGGGCUGCUACUUCGACGACCCCAAUCUGCUGCCGCUUCUCCAGACGCGCGUGAGCAAGGAGGGUGGUGACCCCGCGUUGACGAUCGCCAAGUGCCAGAAUGCCUGCUAUCUCGCGGCGCUCACGUUUGCAGGCGUCAAGGCCGGUAACGAGUGCUGGUGCAGCCCAUUCGUCGCUGGUGAGCACGCUCGUGAUCAAUCUGACUGUAACCUGCCCUGCAGCGGUGACAAGAACGAGGUCUGCGGUGGCAAGGAGUCCGUCAACGUCUUUGAGCCCGUAAAGGCUGACGAAGAUGAACUGUUGCACAAGCCUACUACUACUCCUACUACUAGUUCUACUACUAGUAGUACUAGUACUCCUACCCCUGGUACCGGUGGCGAUAAUGGAUACCGUGUUAACAGCAAACCUGCUGACUCUGGAGUGACGAGGAACUUUCCUCUCUAUACUAAGUGUAUAUUACUACUGAUUUCGGCCGUGUGGACAUGAGCUCGGCAGCCUUGUCUACGUGGAUAGCAGGGGACGCAGUGUUAGAAGUCACACAGGUGAUAUAAAAGGUCGAAAGGACCGGGAAACAGAUUCUCCUCCGCCUAUACGAAGUGGCCGUGAGAAGAUAACAGAAUUCAUCAAAUUUACGCGAACUGGGAAAUAUUGGAACAUAUGG